AUGGCAUCGGAUGACGUCGACGUUGCGUUAUCCUUCCAGCAGCUUCUGGCAUCCGACAUCAAAGUCGGAGUCUCCCUCCCGGACAGACAUGCGUUCAUUAUGUCCGUCGCCGAAAUGAGCGCCAUCCGCAACGCUCAGAUCAUUCCGAGAGUUCCGGAGCUCAACGAAGACGCGCAGAAGCUGAUCUACACAAUGUCUUGGGUCGCGAUGCACAUGAUCGACGUCAUUUAUGCGGUUAUCAAUUUGAACAUCGGCCCCUUGUUGAAGAUGAGCAACGGAAAACUGUCAGUAUUGAAUUUUAACGCAUUUUUCCCCCGAAGAACUUCAUUUUUUCAGCAUGCCCAUCUCCUGGGCGGCGUUUAUAACAGAGGACGAUGCCAAAUGGAGAGAAAUCGUGAAAGAACUCACGCAGCUCGGGCUCACCAACACGGACUACCUCGGUCUUCGGUCCGCGGUCUUCCACGAUCCGAAGACGCGAACUCUGCUGCCGCAAUCUGACGCCGCCUACGUGUCGAUGCGAAAUCGGUGGGCAGAAUCGAGAACGGAAGAGGAGAUUCAGCAGUUGGAGAGAUUGAGCGAGGAAAUUUCAAAGCUCGCCGAUUCCGCAUUCUCCGUUCUUUUCGAUAUUCGCGCCUCGGGAAUGCUGACAAUUUACGGCUUCGAGCAUCUUGAGGGAAUCUUGAGUGCUCUCGAAAAGUUCUAUCACCUGGAAUCUACAUCGGAUCUUCAGUUCCCCUUCCCCAAAAUGCCUACUUAUGAUGUUUCUGACUACCCGCGGCCGCAUUUUUCUGGGAACCAGACGGAUAGCAGCAAAGAUGUUCGGUUCCUGGUCGAGCAGUCGUUCAAAAGCGUUUACAGAUACGCGAUACACGUUCCGGGCUUCAUGAUGCUUACGGUAAGCAUCGGCCAAUAGGUUUCUGGGGAAUCUUGACUAAUUUUCAGCCAGGAUGCCGACAAGUUCUAAUUAAACAAGCUUGCAUGAUAACAAUGCUUUUGGAUGAUGUUUUCGGAGUUGCUACUGGUCUAAUUUCAGAGGAGGAAACGAUUAACGGGUCAGAAUCGGUGCUCUUUUCCAUCUACCGUAUAUUUACAGACUUCCAACCGUUUGGAAGACCGGCGAGACGUAUCGAACGGAGUUCCGGACGUUGGUGGAUAAUUUCAAAGCGAUCGGGCUUUACGAGUACAACGUCGCCCGAACGACUAUCCUCUACUUCCCUCAAGUGGUGCCGAAAGAGCCGGAACUGUUGAAAUUGCGAAAAGAGUUCACCAAGAACUGUCUGGAUUCAUUGGAUUUCAAUGUCAGAAAGAUCAUAUUCGAUACGUACGUCGAGCUGCAAACGUUGGCGCGCUACACGAUGCGAAUGAUGAUCAAGAACCUUCCGAUCAACGCACUCAAUGCCGGUUCCUGUCUGUUCCUUAGUGACUUGUUCGAAACGACGAAGCGUGCGACGCGUGUGCCGAAUCCACUGCUGCGGCCGGCGGAUCCCCUUCCGAUCGACUUAUUUUUGCUGGGCAUCGACCAGGCGAUGAGCCAGGCGACGAGCGUCGAAUCGUUCGUCAAACAUAUGAUUGUCACGAAUAUGAACAAUCGUUACAACGAAUACUGCGAUGGAUACGUCGGUCGCAAUGCAGACGUGAGAAGUUCUGCGCAGGAUGCUCAUAAAGUACGGAUUUCAGAAAAACGUUACUCAGGAACUGUUCCGAUACACUUUCUGUCUGAUUCAUCUGAUUGACGCCGUCUGGGUGAUGCGUUCGAAAGAAUUGCAUAAUAUUGAGGAUUGGAUACACCUCAAGAAGAAUCGUGACGUGUAAGUCAGGACUGGACCCAUUCCAGGCCCGCAAAGCCUAACCAGACUGGGCUUUUAGUCCAGUUUGAACGUAUAAACAAUCCAUUUUGCAGAAGUCCACAGCUGAAAGACGUGCUUCUCAUUGGCGAAACGCGCGAAGCUCACGAAUCACUCGCCAGUAUCGCCGAGGAGCUCAGCUCGCUCAACGUCUCCGAGCUGAACUACCGGCACAUGCGAACGGUGGCCUUGUACGACAUUACGGAAAUCCGGAACCCGUAUGUCGUCCGUGCUCGUUCCCUCGCAUUCAUACAGUGGAAUUUUGAGGAACCGAUCAAAUCGAACAUUCUUACGUUGCUCGGAAUGACUGAGAAGUUCAGGUUGGUUAACUGUCUCAGCCGAUGCACUUCUGAUUCCCUUUUUUCAGAAAAUUGGUGCCUUACGUGGAAGAGUGUAUGAAAGAGACGACUAGCAGAGUGAUGAUGUGCGAGACGCUCGAACCUUCCACCAACAAAAGUGUAACCAGUUUUUGCUAUUUUUAAUAAUCUAAUUUAUUCUUGAAUUUGCCUUGUACCCGCUCUUGUACCCUUGUAAUACAACUAUUAAAUAAUGCAACUAAUUAUAAACAUCAAUGACUUAUCGUGCCUCCAUCUUUCCGCCUGUGAAGGUUUGAUCACCUGAAAUAUUGUCGCCUUGUCCCGCUUUUACACUUUUCUGCUAUUCAGAAUGAGCGGUUUCGUCGAUGCGGAGGAGGCGCCGAGCGAGAUUCGCAGCGUGAUGGACGCGGUGAAAACGAGUGCGUCCGAGCCCGAUCGGCACUUUUUGCUCAUGCAUUUGACGCAGAAAAUCAUGGAACGAAACGUGGAGGUGAUUCGGAAUUAUCCCGGGAUCCGACAGCUACCGGAGCGCGAGCGGGAACGGAUUCUCGCGACGCGAUGGCUCUUUUUGCACGUGCUCGACAUCACCUACACAAUCGUCGAAAACUGGCACGGCCAAUUGCGACUCUCCUGCGGCACAGAGUCAGUUCAGAACGGCAGAAGAUUCCAGAAAUGUUUCCUUUUCGUUUUCAGAAUGAAUUUCAGUGCGAUGGCCGUGCUGAGUCUGUCGCAAGUCACUCACGACACACGGAUAAUCGAUUCGGCCGUCGAAUCUCUGCGCAAGAUGCACUUUGACCGAGUGGACUAUCUGGGACUUCAGGCCAACGCCAUUUUCCAUCGAUGUUCGCACUUUCUGAAAACGAUAAUGCCGCCGACGAGCCGGACGGAGCCGGAGAUAAAACGAUUGUUGACGAUCAUGCAGUUGCUGCAGAGCAUCGUGCCGCGCCUCUUCCGAACGCUGAUGGAGUGGCGCGACGGCGGAAUGAUAAAAGCGGCCGGAUUCGAGAAAUUGGACGCGGCGGUCGGCAGAUAUGCGAAAGAAGAGUUGCCGCACUAUUUCGAUGUGCUCCUUCCGCUCGUCGACAGCAUUUUCGAAAUGAAAUCGCUGCCGACCAUCUUUGAAGCCGGCCAAUUCGUUAGCAAUCAAGGACUCCGAAGAUUCUGGCCGUUUGCGUCGAAAUGCACGCAUUUUAUGAAUCUGCGGCCUGAGAAUCGGCAAUUCGUGUUCGCCAAGUCGUGGAUGCUCCUUCAUCUCGCCGAUUUGGCGCAUAUUGUGACUACAAAAACGGUCAGUGACGAACAGGAACUCGAUUCCGGCGAAACGUGAGUGAGAGUUCACAGAAAAUACACUAUUAAACCUUCAGCCUUUUCGUGCGGAAUUUGGCAUUCGUUGAAGGAGACCAAGGCGUCCGUAUGUGGAACACGAUUCUCGGAUAUAUUCGCAAGUUCAAACCGAAAGAAUUCGCAAACUUUCGCUAUUUGAUGCUGCUCAAAACGAUCGAAGCGCACGAUCCGUCGGAUCCGCAAAUUGUGAAAGCGGCAAUCAAUGCAAUCCUGAAUUCGUUCAGCGCGUCGUUUUUGGACGGCUUCGCUCAGUUGCUUUACAAACAGCUCGACGCGCUCGUCAUCUACACGAUGCGGGUGCUUCUGAAGAGAAGAGAGGAGCUGAACGCAGGCUCUUUGCUGUGGGAGCACGUCGAAAGUGUCUACAUGCUUCUGACGGUAAAAAAGCACGUGUCGUCUGUGAUCGCGCCGUUCACAAAAGGCCGCACGAGGAUGACGAUGAAGUUCAUCAUGUACUCGUUGUUCCGCAGUCAGGACGCCGACGACUUUGCUCGAUUGUUCUUCGGUUUGAAUUACAGCCAAACUUUUGAUGAAGUGCAGAAAUUGGUGCCGACGCUCACGGUAAUUCCGGCUCGAAAUCGAAAGUUAUAAAGACCCUUUUUAUAAUUGUUUUUAGGCUGAUUCGGCGCGUCUCCUUUUCAAGCAAAACUAUGCGCUCGUCCAUGUGCUCGACGUGGCGAUGGCUUGCGUGCUCGGCGAGCUCUCCUACUGGUACGAGUGGUUCGGCAUACUUCGCAACGGAAAAGAGUCUGUUUCUAGUGCCCGAAUGACUUUGAAAAUGGGUUUCUGUUCAGUCAGGCUAACAUAAAAGACAUCCUGCUCAUUCCCGAGUCGCUCGACGCGUUCAAUCAGUUUUUGUGGAUUGUCCGAGACUUUAAAGCUGCGAAUUUGACGGAAAAGGAUCACAAGCAUCUGCGCCUCAUCGCCGCGUUCAGCUCUUUCGAGGAAGAAGGAAUUCUGCGAGCACGCGCGACCGAAUUCAUCGCGUGGAAUUCGAUAAAAACGACAAAGAAGAUAGAUAUUAUUGCCAUGCUCGGAACACUCGACAAAAUAAAGUGCGCACCUGUUUUUAUAUCCCUUUUCUCUUAUCCAGUUUUGUUUUCAGCAAGCAAAUGCGGCCGGACAUUGAAGUAUUUUUGGACGAGAACGGCUGCCUGGAUACAACCUGGAUAACCGAACGAGAAGUGGACGUGCUGCUUGGAAUUGCGGCGACCAUCUGA